AUGGUAGAGCAACUCUACAUUGCCAAACACCAGAAUUACAACCAUGGCAGAGCGCCCCCUGCAGAACGUGGAUCUUUCGGCCGUGGCUUCGGUGGCCGCGGUGGACGUGGAGACCGUGGUGGCCGAGGUCGCCGCCGUGGUGGACGCAAAGAGGAAGAAGAAAAGUGGGUUCCCGUUACAAAACUAGGCCGCCUUGUGAAAGACGGAAAAAUCACCUCCGUUGAGCAAAUCUACCUGCACUCACUACCCAUCAAAGAGUACCAAAUCAUUGACACCCUUAUUGGCCCUGCUUUGAAAGAUGAGGUGAUGAAAAUCACCCCAGUUCAGAAACAAACCAGAGCCGGUCAGCGAACCCGGUUCAAGGCCUUUGUUGUUGUUGGGGAUGGGAAUGGACACGUUGGGUUGGGUGUGAAGUGUGCAAAAGAAGUGGCGACUGCCAUUCGUGGGGCUAUUAUCCUGGCGAAACUGUCGAUUAUUCCAGUGAGAAGAGGGUACUGGGGGAACAAGAUCGGAAAGCCACAUACCGUGCCUUGUAAGGUUACAGGGAAGUGUGGAAGUGUCACUGUGAGAAUGGUUCCUGCCCCUCGUGGAGCUGGUAUCGUUGCUGCUAGGGUUCCAAAGAAGGUGCUUCAGUUUGCUGGGAUUGAGGAUGUUUUCACAUCUUCCAGAGGAUCUACUAAGACUCUUGGGAACUUUGUCAAGGCAACAUUUGACUGCUUGCUGAAGACUUAUGGGUUCCUUACACCUGACUUUUGGAAGGAGACUCGCUUCACAAGAUCACCAUUCCAAGAGUACACAGAUCUCUUGGCAAAGCCUACUAGCAAGGUUCUCAUCGCUGAUGUUCAUGAAGAAUGA